CACUUGCCCCGACAGCUUGUGAAGGCUACUCGGGGGAUCUUUGUCCUUGUGCUGCCGCCACCGCCGCUGCUGCAGUUGCUGAGUCACGUGGCCUGAGGGUUCUUGGUGCUCGAGAGCGGGCGGCGGGGGUAGCACAGACAGAGUGCGGCUCCCCGGGUGACGCGGCGCGUUCUUGGAGGAGAGCCGAUGUCCUCUCGUGCCCCCCGCCCCCGUCGUCAACCCAUGAGCCGCAGCGCCUGAAUUCUCAUACCCCGGAUGAAUGCGCCGGCCCGCAGGUGGGACGUCGCCGCGUCCCGUCUCCAUCCCGCGGCCACCGCGAGCCGGUUCCCACCUUGCCGCGCCGGGCAGACCUCGACGUGAAGCGGCAGGCACAGUGACCGCUGAUCCAGCACCCACCGCUCUGCCCUCUCGCCGGUGGACCGCCGCGCCCGCCAACGCGGCGGCAUGGAGCUGGGCAAGGCGAAGCUGCCGCGCUGCGGCAUCAACGCCCUGCGACGCGCCGUGCACCCCUCGCUGGGCCUCGCGUGGACCGACGGCAAGCGGCUGCUGCUGUCUGGCCUCCACGCGGGCCGAGAGGAGGAGGAGGAGCCGGAGGAGGCGGCGGUGGUCGGGCGACUGGGCGGCGCCGCGACGCUGGGCAGCUUCGAGCACGUCUACGGCGUGAGCUGGGGCCCCACCGACCCCGCGCUGCCCGCGCUGCUCGCCGUGCAGCACAAGAAGCAUGUCACCGUCUGGCAGGUGACGCCCGCCGGGUGCAACGACGCUCGUCCGGCGUGCUCGCGGCUUUGCGAGCGCGAGGAGCCGUUCGCCAUCCUGCCGCAGGGCUGCGUGUGGCACCCGCGCUCCGAGACGCUGGUACUGCUGACCAAGCGCGAUGCCUGCCUGCUCUACUCGCUGCGCUCCGACGCCCGCUCCGUCCGCGCCGACAUCCGCGGCAGCGGCCUGGUGCGCUGCGCGGCAUGGACGACGGACGGCGCGCGCCUGGUGCUGGCCGUGGGCACGGCGCUGCACUCGUACCUGUGGGACGAGCCCAGCCGCUCGCUGCAGCCGUGCGGCUUCUCCCACGUGCUCGACGUGGGCGGCUAUGUUUGUGCCGUGGAGGCCGCGUGCGACGCCCGCGUGCUCGUGGCCACCGAGCUGCCCCUGGACCGCGUCUGCGGCCUCGACGCGGCCGGCGCGCCCUUCGAGCUGCCCGGGGUGGCGUUCGACGGCGCGCCGGGCUCCUCGCCGAACACGCUGCGCCCGCGCGAGGGCGCCGAGGACGGCGCCACGAGGCCCCGCGGGCGCUCGCCGGAGCCCCGCGGCGGGUUCGUGGCGGACGACGGCACGGGCCGCGGGCCCGUCGUCGACCUCACGCACCUGCUGGCCCACCACCGCAAGUCCGACCCCGGGCCGCUGAUCCGGCUCAAGCGCAGGGACCUAUCGAGCGGCGGCGGCGGCGACGACGACAGCUCGCACCUCCUGCUGGUCACGCUGGACCAGAAGGCGACGACCACCAGGAAGGUGCGCCUGCCGGGGCUGCUGGUGCCGGACCUGCUGGCCUACGACGCGACCGCCGACACCGUGGCCGUCGCCUCCAACACGUCCGCCUCGGUGCUCGUGUACUCCCUGAGCGGCCGCGGGAUCUCGCCACUGCAGCACGUCACGCUGGGGCGCGACGAGCGGCCCAAGGGGCUGUGCUUCCUGGCCCCGUCGCACUCCCUGGCGAUGCUGGUCGGCCGCCAGAAGCAGUCGGAGCCGGCGUUCCUGCCCUGCGCCAGCACGGACCGCUACGCGCUGCGGCUGGUCGUGCGCGACGUGGUGGUGGAGGGGCCCGGCCGCUCGUCCCCGCGGGCUGGCGCCCGGCCGCCCGAGGGCCGCGACGCCAACCCGGGCCCCGCGAGCGGGCUGUGGGAGCUGUGGCCGCCCGGCGACGAGCCACGCCGGCAGGCGUCCUCGCCGCGCCGGUUGACGGAGGAGCCCUCGGGGGCCUCCGCGGACGACCGGCGGCCGCGUCGCCCGAGCGGGGAGGCCGCAGGGCGCUUCGCUCGCGACGUCUCCCCGCCGCUCGAGAGCGUCGAGCGCGAACCGGCGGGCGGGGCCGCGAGGCCGCGGGGCAGUCCGGAGCCUCGCCGGCCCGGCGGGGGUGCGCCGCGGAGGGCACCCAGCCCUCGCGACGCCGAGCGGGACGGCCCGGCGCGGGGGCCCGUGGGCCGAGCGGCGAGCCCCGGCCCGUGGGAUGCCGAAGGCUCGGCCGCGAGCCGCGCGCUGCGGGGGCUUUGGGAGCGGCUGGACCGCGUGCAGGCCGAGGUGGGCGAGGUGCGGCAGCUCGUGCUGGCGUUGCGGCCGGAGCGGCGAGUGCUGGCCGCAUCGGGCCCUCCACGCUGGGCGAGAGUUCGCUGCCAGCCGCGGGGUGGCGGCAACGCGGCACCCGCGCAGGAAGCGGAGACGCGGAACUUCCUGCUGAGCAGCGGGGGCCUCGUGCGGCUCGACGCCCUCCGGAGCGCCUUCCAGCUGUCUGCCGUCGAGAUGCUCUUCGACACGGUGUGGCUGGUGCUGGGCUGCGAUGGCGAUGGCUUCAUCCCCGUCGCGUUCCAGCACGAGCAGGAGGUGCUCGUGCGCGAGGGCCGCGCUGCGAAGCCGCCCGCCGAGGAGCCGCGCGCCUCGGACGCCGCCCCGCACCAGAACGCGACGGGGUAGUCACCGCCCCCGCCACCACCGUUCUCCCUCCUCCUCCUCCUGCUCCUCAUCAACGCCGCCCGGGCGGCUCCCGUUCGGUCCGCGGGUGCCGCUGCGGGCGGGCG